GCGUUUGCCAACCCUGGUCAACGAGCAACAAAUUUUUUCGUCGCGUCGUAAAAUGUGUGCAUUAAGUCAACCUUAAAAUUGCGUUGCUUUUUUACUUCAUUCUUUUAUGUAAUCAUUUGCAAAACAGGACUUAAGUGUGCCUGUGUUUGUGUGAUAAAAAGCCUAACGAGCUAUUGUGCAGCAACAGCAAAGUGUAUGGAAAAUACCACCAAAAAAUCCCAAGCGAAACAACGCAACAACAACAAAAAGUGCAAUUGACUCAUUUUCGAUACAACAUUUUUUGGGCACACAACAAAAACGGCAAAGUAACUAAAAAACGCUGAAAUUACGACCGCACAAUAAAUUCAAAAACGGUCCAAAAACAUGGAUGAACACGACAUGGACUUGACCAAAGUGUAUGUUGUACGCUCCGCAAAGGGCGUCGACAUGCUUUGCGUCGACGAUUAUCUGUACCACUUUGACCGCAUCGGCAAGAACAACACUUAUCGUUGGCUCUGCAAUCGUCGCAAGGAUAAAGUGACACCAUGCCGUUCACGCAUCUCUACCAUUGUACCCAACUCCCAGGACAAGACCACGCAUAUUGUCGUUGAAGUUAUGCAGGGUCAUGUCCACGCCCGUUGCAGUGACCACGAGAUAACAAAGGUGUCGCAACGCAAGCGUUUGUCAAACAUGAAGAUGAACGAUGCUUACAGCACAACACAACCAAAGCGGGCUCGUCUCUUUGAGCGCGCUUCGGCUGGACUCAAUCCCCCUGAAUGGAUUAGCACUAGCGGGGAUAACGAUUCACAACAAUACUCUUUCCACUUGGACUUUGAGGACAAGGAUCGCGUUUACAUGCUGAGACGACGCGAUGGUCGGGUUAUGGUCUGCAUCGAUGGUCAUCUAUACUAUUUGGCGGGCAAGUCCUACAAGGGCGACAUGUACCGCUGGACCUGCGUGCGCAAACGGGAUAUUGAAUGCACCGCCAAGAUCUGCACAGAGGCCACAUUAGCUGGCGCACAUCGCUUGCAUGCCAUGGAGUCGGAUGCCCACAUACAUCCGCACUACUCGGCCGAUAAGCUAAUGCAAAUGUUCACCAGACAUCAGAUACUUUUGGUCGACGAUGACCAAACAGUCGAAGUGCUGCAGGAAUGCCCCAAUCUGGAGUACUUCGAUCCUGAGGUAUCUUUUGAGACACAAGUCAAAACCGAUGAUGUUGAGUCGAUGAUCAUUGAGGACUGCGAGGAUACCUACGAGGUCUACUCGAAUGUGGACAAUGAAGAUGUAUCUGGCUCAACACAAGCGGAUCAGCAACCAGACCAGUCAGAGGUCGGUGGGGAUGAGGAAAUGAAAUGGCCAAAUGCCGCUGAUAUCAUUGAUAACUAUGUGGCACCCGCCGACUAUGAUCCCCUGACCGAAACCGACUUGACCAAAUUUACGUUCUUGCCCUCGGCCAAGGGUCGCAAGGUGCUCUGCUUGGAUCGACAUCUCUUUCACUUUGACUCGCAAAGUCGUGUCAAUGGACAUUUGUUCUUUACGUGCAUAAUGCGACGUGAUAAGCAGCAAAGCUGCCACGUGCGCGUCACCAUCGAUCCCACCGAUAACGGUCCCGAAGUGCUGCGCAUCAAUGGCGAGCACACACACAAGCCUGAUUUGCAGGAAAUCCAAAGACGCAUGAAUCAACCGAAGAACAAAGGCAAGAAUAGCUCCUCGGAGGAGGUCAAACAGGAACAGGACGAGUCAGCUAACAAUUCAGCUGAGUUCGAGAGUCAAGACGAGGAGGACUUUGACGAGACAGAAGGAUCAGGAACUGGAGCCGACCAAGACAGCAAUUAUGAGCCACCAAAGUCUCAGGCAGCUACAACUAGAGAAUCGCGACGCUCAGUGGUAAUGAAGAAGGUAAUUGGCAUCGAUGGCAUCAAAAUGGAACCGGAGCAGAACAAAGCAGCCUCCAUGAUAGUGCAGUACAUGGACGAUGGUGCCGACAACAUCAGUGCCCAGAUUAAGAUAUUGCCCAAUGCUCUCGAGAAUCUCGAGGGCAAUAAUACUUCAACACCCAAGCCACAAUUGACCAAUGCGCGCAAGCGACGCACAAACACUCAAAAUGCACCCACUCCAAGUCCAAUGAUAGCGCCAAUCGCUGACAUGGAUCUGACCAAAAUCUGCACACUCCGCUCGGCCAAGGGCAGCGAAAUGCUUUGCGUCGAUGGUUACAUUUAUCAUGCCAAGAAUCGUGGGUUGAUCUCUCGUAAUUAUUGGGUGUGCAUUAAGUGUCGCGAUCCCGAGAUCAAUUGCAAGAGUCGCAUUUCGACAGCCACACAGAAAGAUGGCACAAUACGCGUGCUGCGUGUCUACAACAGUCACAAUCAUCCGUUCAGCGAGGAUGACAUCAAGCGACGCCUCUUCAAUGAGAUCAACAAGAAGAACAACAAGAAACUCAAGUUUCGACCAUUGCACUUCAUUGGCAAAUCGCUGGAGCAAAUUAAACAGGAGUUCGGCGAUCUGGCUGUAGAACGUCUCAACGUCUCCAAUCUGACCGACGGUAUUGUGGUCCACAAGAAGCCACGCAACAGCAGUCAGCAGAGCGCUUUAUCGCCAACUGCUACAGCAACUAGAGCCACUAAAGCCGCUGCAUCGUCAAAAGCAGUUGAAGCCAAGCGGGAGGAGCAGGAACAAGAAUUUGUGGAUGACGAUGUGGUCAUCGAAGAGGAGGAAGAAGAGGAGGGCGAGGAGACAACAUUGGCCGAGGAUAGUCAGUACAUGACUAUCGAGGAGGACAACACAGAUGCGAUUAUCGAGGUGGUCGAAGAGGUGGCUGACAUGGAUGGCUAUGGCAUUGAACCGAUUUACACGAUGAAGCUGUACGCCGUAUCCGAUGGACCGCCUUCGCUGGCCGUGCGCAUGACGCUCAAGGCGCUGGACAUACAAUACCAGCUGGUCAAUGUGGACUACUGUGCUUUGGAGCACCGCACCGAGGACUAUGCCAAGAUGAAUCCACAAAAGGAGAUUCCUGUGCUGGAUGACGACGGAUUCCAUCUGUCGGAGAGCAUUGCUAUUAUGCAAUAUCUGUGCGACAAGUAUUCGCCACUCUCCACACUCUAUCCCGAGGAUCCGAAUGAGCGAGCGCUGGUCAAUCAACGUCUGUGCUUCAACAUGGGCUUCUACUAUGCUCCCAUCUCCGCACACAGCAUGGCACCCAUUUUCUUUGACUAUGAACGCACCCCGAUGUCCCAGAAGAAGGUUGAGAAUGCUCUCGAAGUUUUCGAAACCUAUUUGCAACGCUUGGGCACAAAGUAUGCCGCAUCAGAUAAUGUUACCAUUGCUGAUUUCGCCUUGGUUUCAUCUACACUUUGCCUUGAGGCAAUUGAUUUUGAUUUGUCACCUUAUCCGCUGGUGCAGAAAUGGUAUGCCACCUUUAAGGCGGAAUACCCAGAGUUGUGGGCGAUUGCCAACAGCGGCAUGCAAGAGAUUAAUGCCUUUGAGCAUAAUCCACCAGAUCUAUCGCACAUGGAGCACCCAUUUCAUCCAACACGCAAGAACAAGGCCUAAAUCCCGUGACGAAUAUUAUCAUUAAGUGGAAUUUUUUGCUGCAUUUAAGACAGCGUUAUUAAUUAUUGUAACAUACACAUAAGUGUUUCUGUAUACACCCAAUAAACAGAAAACCAUUAUUACCAUUAUCCAAAA